AUGUUUCGCAGCAAUGAUUCGGAAGAUUCCGAUGAGGAGGCGGAACUGGUUCCAAAGAUUGAGAUCCCGAGUUUGGAAAUCGACUCAUCGAAUCAAAGUGAAUGGAAGAACGUGUUGAUGGAAGAAGGCUUCGAGAUGGGUCAAGUUGACGUUCAAUAUCGAGUCGAACGUGGUGCUGAGUCAUAUGUUGCUCCUGGACACGAAAGGCCACAAAUCGAAGGCCAGGCAUCUGCUUUUGAUGGCAAUUUGAAAAUCCCUCUCACAUCGCUUGGAACCAACUUGGACUCUCGAGCAUCUAUGUCAAAAAAUGAUCCGGUUUUUGGCGACAUUUUUGAUAAUCUCUACGAUCUUAAAGAGCUUGAAAAGUUUGGUCUCAGCCAGUUUGACGCAAAUGACGGACGAACGAAUCACUUUUUCAAACGGCAAGCAUUUUUCAUUGGAGGACGUUGGAGAAACCGUAACUUUCAAGAUGGCGAUCAAGCUAGCCGCGGUGACUCUAGAAAGCCAUUCAUGAAGAGAAAGUAUGAAAAUGUAUCACUUGAAGCUUUGAUCGCGCCAAAUUACUGCUUGGAUGAUUUACUCAAAGCAAGUUUGAAGCCAAACUCCGACUUAUCGACUUUGGCAGCCGAGAUUGCGCACCAUCUUGGAGAAAAGAAACCCGAAACAAUUGCUGAAAUAGUAUCUGCAAUUGGUGGAGAAAAAGCUUGCGAAAUUUUCGAGCGGACCAAGGAAACUGAGAAGAACGGUGGCUUGAAGACAUUGGAUGGAAACCGUAGACGAGCUCCAGGCGGAGUUUUUAUCUUUUUGUUUCGGGAAGAUCCAUCAAUUCCGUUUGACGUGAAGAAGAACUGCUUGCCAAAUUUUCAACAGCGUGCAUAUGCCAAAUCGAACACUUAUAGAAAGGGGGAUGCUACUCUCGAGCCA